UUUUGACACAAGAUUGCCAUUGCCAAAUGGCCGAUUUAAAAAAUAAAGAAUAUUCACAAUUUUGUCUAAAUAAUAUUUAAUUAACUAAACAAAGUUUACUAUAUGUGAAUUAGAAAAUAAUUAAGAGAUUGUAGUGUAUUUCUUACAAGCGGUCGACAUAUCUAUUCGUCGUGGAUCCCAACAUAAAUGUGGAGAUGUGCGCGGGGGAGGCGUGGCGCGCGGCGGGGGUGGCGCGCUCGCCGUCACACGAGAGCGUCACCACGGAGCUGUCCCUCUUCAGCGUCUCCUCGGCUGCUUCUGAUGCCAGGGUGCUGCGACUUCUGGCUUGCAAGGCAGGUCAAGGUCCAGAUCCCACGCUCCGGGUGGCGAGUCCUAAUCCUGAAGGGAAACUAAUCAAACGCGGCUCGUGCUCGCUGCCGCUGCAGGCCACGGACGCGUGUCGCGAGCUGCUGGCGGGCUGCGCGGCUCUGUGCGCACAGCUGGGCCUGCGCCGCUCCUUCAGCGCCGGGGACGUGGCCGCGCCGCCCGCCUGCAAGCCCACGCGCAGCGCGACAUCGGAGGUGGGUUUGUGCGCGGCACUGGAGGCGCUCACCAUGACGGCCGCCUCGCGCUCCUGCAGCACGUGGGUCGCGGUGGGGGGCUCGCAGCUUCCCUCCCCGCAGCGCUCGCACCCCGCGCAGCCCCCGCAGCGGUCUCUGCCCAGCGACAAUAAGAAGGUGCGCCAGAACUACAUCAAGCGCCGCCUGCUGACCACUUACCGCGCGCUGGAGCGGAUGUCGCAGUCGGAGUUCAACCUGGACAAACUUGAGGCGGUGGCGUCGGCGGCGGCGGACAGCGCGGACCCCGGCCCCACCACGCUCGCCGUGCCCACCACGCACACCAAGUUCGUGCACCCGGAAGCCGCCCAACUGGCGCUGACUGCAGCUGAUCUGGAGCGCGAGAGAGGUCGCCCUCUCUCCAAGUACGAGAGGAACAUGAUGAUAUUCAACUGGCUGCACACCCUCGACGAGGCCGCUCCGUUCUAGACGCGCGUUCUGCGCCGCUCCAUCGCGUUCUGUACCGUUCCAUCGCGUUCUGUGCCGUUCCAUCGCGUUCUGUACCGUUCCAUCGCCGUUAUAUAGCGCUAUGGUGCUGUUAUAACGUUUCUGGCAGCUUAAUUUGUGUUUUAACAUCAUAACUAAUAUUAUUAAUGCAGAUGAGUUUGUUUGGUACGCUUUAACGCCUAAACCACUAAACCGAUUUUAAAAAUUCUUUCACCAAUGCAAUGCUACAUUAUCAGCGAGUAUCAAAGGCAUAUGUUUUAUAGCCGCGGAGCGCUUAAAUAUAAGUUUUGAAUCGAUCUCUCACAUUUUCAUCAAUGUUCUUAACUAAGAGUACAUGUUGUAUUGACAAGAAUACGAUCUCACUAAUUUUACUGCAUUUCUCUUGAAUAUUAAUUGUAUUCUAAUAUAUUAUGUGUAAUGGAGUACAUAAACGGCUUAAAUUAACAGUGUCAGGCUCUGAAUCAUAAGCUUGUUCGUGUGAAUCGUUAAGAGGUGUUGGUUCCACUUAGUUUUCCGAUUGUUCAAUUUAACAUUUAGAUUAUUUAUUUAAAAACAAAAAGUAGCAACAGUGUUGUAUAAAAAUUCAAUUUAAAAUUAUAUUUUUAAUUAAAUUAAUAAUUAAAAAUUAUUAUGGCUAACUGCAAUUAAUAUUUUUUAAAGUUUUUGUAAAAAGAAAUCAUUUACCAACAACAAGAUAAAUAUAAUCUAAUUUUUGGUUCUAGUAGUUUUAAAUGUUAUAAAAAAACUGAAACGGAACUUUCCUUUUCACCCGUAAGACACUUUUUUGAAAAAACUCAUAAUAUAGUAAAUACACAAAGUAUUAUCUGUUAUGUAUUAGGUAUUUGUAUCGGAAGUAUUUAAAUAUUUUUAUAAUUGUGUACAUUCCUGAGUUUUUAAUUGCAUUUUGAAUAUUUUUUAAACAUAAGAAAACAUGAAUUAACCGCUAAAGCGUUAUUGUAUAUUUUUGUAAAAAAAAUAAGCUUCGUUCUAAAUUAUUUCCGAACCGAAAUACAUAUUUAUUAUAUUUUCAUUUUAAUAAAAUGUUUUAUUUUCAAUAUAUUAUUUGUGUAUUUAUUUAAAAAAAAAAACAUUUAUCGGAGUCUGAAUAAUAUUUUAUUUAUGAAUUUACUAUAGUUCUGUAUUCGUUCCAUCACAACUUUUAAAUAAAUACCAAAAGUUUAAAAAGUAGAGUAUUUUAUUAUGGUAUUUAAUUUAAAAAUGAAUUUAUAUAAAUGAUAACUAUAUUCAUUUAAUAUGAAUUUUAUUUUAACCUAAGUUAUUUUAGUUCUGUAUUCGUUCCAUCACACUUUUUCCAUAAGUUGUCAAAAUAAACAAAUAUUAUUUAUUUUUCAGUUAAGCAGUGUACUUUAAUAUAUUAAUAAAUACAUUAAUAAAACGAAUGAAAGAAAUGCAUUUAAUAAAAUGACAAAUAUAUUUGUUUUUAAUUAAUUGUAUAGUUCUGUACCGUUCCAUCACAUCUUGUUUGUUAUAUUUAUUUGUAUUUUAAUUAUUUUUGUGACAUUAUUUGUGCAUUUACAAAUAUUUUUCGUGCCACGGUACGAUGCUAUAGACACCAGUGUAGCAUAUUUAAAAAAAAUCAUUUAUUUUAUUUUAUUUUAUUUAAGGUAAUUCUUAUUGUAUAUACAGGAUGCUCGGGAGUAUUAACUUUUAUGUUAUAUUCUUAAACAAAUAUUAAUUCAAAAUGUUCUAAAAUGAAUAUUUUCGGAGUAAAUAAUAUUUCUUUUGUAAAUAGAUCUUACAAUGUGUUCCUUAUACGUAUCAUUAUAAUUAUGACGUAGCCAAGUUUUACGUAUUUUAAAAUGCAAGGUAAGAUAAAGGCGUGUGUACUUUGUAUGAAAACAUAAAAAAGUUUUUAUUUUUUAGUUAAAAAAGUAUUAGUUAUGCAGUCCGGCUACUCGUAAGUGGACUCAUCAACACCUUGAAGUUAUGGAUAAUACUCCCGGGCACCCUGUAUAUAGUAUUUUAUUUGUUCUUUUACAAUCGCCUCGAAUUUUUUCGUCCAUUUAUCGUAUCAUUACAGGCGGUCGCGGAAUUGGAAUAAAAGUCACUCGGCAUAGCAAUCAAAACCAAUAUGGCGGCGCCAUAAUUGCAUCAUGGUUUCAUAAAACCACACAUGAAUCAUUUUGAAAGCCAGAAAACAUUUAGUCCAUUAGUACUGAGCAUAUCCUAAACAUUGUGAGCUGUAGUUGAUAAGUCCUGCCAAUUUAAGCGUAAAUAGCUGUUUUGUAUAUUGGUAGUUUUUUUUUUAAUAUUAAACAUGCCAAUGACGUCACUAUAAAGAGCUAAUUAUGAAUUUGUAUUGAUAUUUUUUUCUGUUUACGAAAAAUAGGUGCUGAUGACGUCAUUAUAACCCCAAGCGUUCGAAUAAAAAAAAAUACGUGCAGAAAUAUAUCAUUAAAUUUGAAUGGAAGAAACUUUUUUUAGUUCCAUGUUGUUUUAUUUGCGAAAAAAGUGUGAAAUCCUUUUAACAAUUUCGGAAAAUGGAUACCUUACCUCAAUUACCUAAUAGGAAUAAAAAGUAUCCUAAAUUCUAUAGUUGUGGGUGUGUAAAUUAUUUCUGUUAUACAGGGUGCUCGGGAGUUAUGUUCUUUACCGAAAAAUAAAUAAAAAUGUUCAAGGAACAUGUGUUCUAAAAUUAAUAUUUUCGAGGUAUUUUUUUUUUUGUAAAUAGAUCUAUCCCUUAUACGCAUCCUUAUCAUGACGUAGCCAAGUUUUACGUUUUUCAAAAUGCAAGGAUGGAUAAUGGCAUGUGUUACAUGGAUAGUCGGAAUUAUUUGAAUUACAUCUAUAUCUAUACUAAUAUUAUAAAGAGGUAAAGUUUGUAAGUUUGUCACAUUUUUUAAAUGGGGUAAUCUUCGGAACUACUGGUCCGAUUUUAAAAAUUCUUUCACCAGUAGAAUGCUACAUCAUAUUUUAUAUUGGUAUCAUAUAUAUUAACCGAGUUAUCACAGUUUUUGUCAUACAGGUCGGACUGAAAAUCCUCUUAAACAGACUUAUUCGCAUGCGCUGCCUUAACUAUUGUGUAAAAUUGAAAUUAAUGUAUGGAGACUUUAUGUAUCUUUAAAAGUUCUACAAAAAAGUCCGCGACACCAUAUAUCUAUCUUCUAUAUAUUAGCAGAUAUAGUACCUUUUGUGUUUUAAAAACUAUUAAUUUUAUAUACUUAGGUUUACGUCAUUAUUUAUACAACUAAACUUUAAUCCUUAUUAAAAUAAAUUAUUUAAUAAUCACAAGGAUAUUAUGGAGAUAAGAUUUGCCCUUUACAGUAUGUUAAUUAGUUAAAUAGUUUCGGAGAUAAUACAAAAUUUCUAAAAGACGCAGAAAUUUCGCUACAUGACGCCCGGCGCUUUCAUUUACGUAGUUCCCGUUCCCGUGUGAAUAUGGGGAACAAACAUAGCCUAUGACACUCGCAAAUAACGUAGCUUUCUAUUGAUAAAACAAUUUUCUAAAUCGGUCCAGUAGAUCCAGAGAUUAUCUCCUACAACCACACGAACUUUACUUUUUAUUAUUAGCAUAGAAGUCUCUAUUUCCCUUGGUCAUCACACCACUCUCGAAGGGCUGGACCGAUUUUGCCAAGGGUAGGAGUAAGAUAGAGAAGUUACAAGGUAGGGUAGGGUAGGGUACGGGUAGGGAAGCGUAGGGGUAGUGUAGGGGUAGGGUAGGUUUAGGGCCGGGUUUAGGAUAGUGGUAGGGUAGGGGUAGAGGUAGGGUAGUUGUAGGGUAGAGGUACGGGUAGGAUAGGGAAGUGGUAGGGUAGGGGUAGGAUAGGCGUGAGAUAGGGGUAGGAAAGGGAUAAGGUACGGGGAGGGUAGGGGUAGGAUAGGGUAGGGUGUAGGUAAGGUAGGGGUAGGGUUGGGGUAGGGUAGGGGUAGGGGUAGGGUAGAUGUAGGGGUUGGGUAGGGUAGGGUUGGGGUAGGGGUAGGGUAGGGGUAGUAGUAAAGUUGACAUCGAAAUUUACGCAGACGAAGUCGCGGGCGUCCGCUAGUUGUAUAUAAACAUUAAAGUUUUUAUUUUUUAGUUUAAAAAAGUUAUGUAAAACAAAUAAAAUAUAAAAAAUAUUUUUUAGUUUAAAAAAUACUUCUAUAAGUGGACUCGUCAACACCUUGAAGUUAUGGAAGAUACUCCCGAGCACCCUGUAUAACGAAGUUAUAGAAUUAUAAAGAAGUUCACCAAAAGGAAAUGCUUGGAAAAUACUACAUAAUAUGUAAUGUAUGACCAUAUAUUUGUAAUGUAUUAAAAAAGUUCCUAAUUUAAGUUUAAUUAAAUCGACGUAAAGAGAA